UGUGGACUGUCCUCCAGCGGUUCUGGUGAGCGAGCAGGACGACCCUGUCUUCUGCAAAUCCUUGCAGGAGGAGAAGAGUCCAGAGAGCUGGCGUGGGACACCCACAAGGUUCAGGCUUCAGCGUCUGUUGCGUCCUCAAUGCGUGGAGUCUUCGGGAGUGGAAUCAGCUGCUCUGCCCAUCUCGGAGGAGGGUCUCGGUGAAGACCCUCGGGUGGGGAGGGGGCCACGUGGGAAUGGGAUUUGGGGUUCAGUACUUUGUCCAAGACAAGCUGCAGGUUAGUCUGGCCCACGAUCUGCUUCCCAGGCUGCACUGUAGGUGUGUCCCCUGUGUUUGGGCACUGUCUGGGAGACUGGAUCUGGGGCAUCCAGACAUCGUCCCUCCACUCCCACCCGCCAGUGAGACUGAGAAGUGAGGGGUAGGAGCCAUUCUCCACAGGAACAAACAUACGAACUGGUGAGGACGGGACUCUUGGGGACUCUUAGUCUUGAGGAGCUGCGCCAAACAACAUCUGGAAAUUCAGCUCGCUCACUGUGACCCAGAUUGGACUCUGUGAGCAGACUCUUGUCCCGAGAGUGUUUUUCAAGAGUGCGCGAUGGCCCCAGGGCUCCUCACAACCAGAGACAAGGCAUUAAUGGCCUUCCAUGAUGUGGCUGUGGCUUUCAACCAGACGGAGUGGGAACUGUUGAGUCCUGCACAGAGGAUCCUGUACAAGGAAGUGAUGCUGGAGAAUUAUAGCCACCUGGUCUCCCUGGGAAUUGCAUUUUCCAAACCCAAACUCAUCACACAGCUGGAACAAGGGGCGGAACCCUGGAGAGAUGGCAGUGAAUGCCUUAUGGACCUUUGUCUGGCAGAACCCAGGACAGAAUUAGAGCCCGGUCUCUCCUGCCCGAUAUCUUUUGCUAGUCCCGACGUCCUCAGAGUGUGUGUGCUGAGUGAACACACCCCUCAGACUUUCCCAAGCCCGCCCGCAGGCAGCAACCUCCAGCCCGAAGCUCCAGGCUGUUGUAGCAGUGAAAGAGAUGAAGAGGGGGCCAGCAGCGAUGCUCUGCUGCAGAGGGCGAGUCCAGCCGGGAUCCUGCAGACGCUGUUUAGCCCGUGUCAAGGUCAGACGGUGUACUGGGUGGAAGAAGGCAGCAGGAAACCAACAGACCUUGACGCGGCCCCAGGAGGCAGCCCCGAGAAGGCAGGCACAGUAUUGAAGGGGUCCGAUGGGUCGGAAUCUGGAGCAGUUCUACAGGGAGCAUUUCCUCCAGAGCUUCCUGAUGCCACCAGCCUUUUCAGCCCUCAGAAGCAUCAUGACUAUCCUGACUGCGAAGCAGGCUUUUGCCAGAGGUCAGACCUCAUGAAGCCUCAGGGGAUGCAGGGAGGCGAGAAGCCUUACACGUGCGCUGAGUGCGGGCACCAGUUUACUCUGAAGGCUUCCCUCACAGUCCAUCAGAGGAAACACUCGGGAGAGAAGCCGUAUGUGUGUGGGGAGUGUGGGCGAGGUUUCAUGUAUUUAUCCUCUCUCAACAACCACAAGAAGAUCAUUCACUCCGGAGAGAGACCCCUUGUAUGUCCGGAGUGUGGGCGAGGCUUCCGCCAGAAGGUGGACCUCCUCCUUCAUCAGAGGACUCACCUGGACAAAAAGCCCUUCGUGUGCUCGGAGUGCGGGAGAGGCUUUUGCCGAAAGGCCUCGCUGCUGCAACACAGGUGGAGCUCCCACUCUGACGACAACCCCUUCAUCUGCUCCGUGUGUGGGCGUGGCUUCCGACUGCUCUCCAGGCUGCUCACGCACCAGAUCACACACUCUGGGGAGAAGCCCUAUGUUUGUGCUGAGUGCGGGCAACGCUUUGGCCAAAAGGGCACGCUCAUCCGACACCAGAAGACACACACUGGGGAGAAACCUCACGUGUGUCGCCAGUGUGGCUGGAGUUUCACCCAGAAGGUCAACCUCAUCAGGCACCAGAGGAUCCACACCGAGGAGAAGCCUUACCUGUGCCCCGAGUGUGGGCGAGCCUUUGAAUUCAAGUCCCUGCUCACCCGACACCAGAAGACACACAUGGGGGAGAAGCCGUAUGUGUGCCCCCACUGUGGCAGGGGUUUCAGCCAGAAGUUCAACCUCAUCGGGCACCAGAGAAUUCACACAGGGGAGCUCCCUUUUCUGUGCCCUGAGUGUGGGCGUGGUUUUGUAAAGGAGGCCACGCUGAUCAGACACCAGAGGACCCACGCAGGGUGGCAGAAGCCUUACCAGUGCCCCGAGUGUGGGCGAGCCUUUGAAUUCAAAUCACUGCUCACCAGACACCAGAAGAUACACACAGGGGAGAAGCCGUAUGUGUGCCCCCAGUGCGGCAGGGGUUUCAGCCAGAAGUUCAACCUCAUCGGGCACCAGAGGACACACACAGGGGAGAAGCCCUACGUGUGUGCGCAGUGUGGCCGGAGCUUCCGGCAGAAGUUCAACCUCAUCAGGCACCAGAGGAUCCAUACGGGAGAGAAACCUUACCUGUGCGCCGAGUGUGGGCAUGAGUUUAGAAAGAAGGUCUCUCUCAUCAGACACCAGAGGACCCACGGAGAGGAGAAGCCCUACCGGUGCUCCGAGUGUGAACGGGCAUUUGAGUUUAAGUCGCUCCUCAUCAGGCACCAGAAGACGCACACGGGGGAGAAGCCCUAUGUGUGUGCCCAGUGUGGCAAGGCUUUUAGCCAGAAGUUCAACCUCAUUGGGCACCAGAGAAGCCAUACUGGAGAGAAGCCUUACCUGUGCCCCCAGUGCGGGCGCGCCUUUGCCUUUAAGUAUCUUCUCACCCGACACCAGAGGAGACAUUCUAAGUAGGAGCUUUACGUGAACAGCGUGUGUGUUUGGGGGGACUGGAUGGAAUGCCAGACCUCUCUGACUGGAGGACUCAGUCCAGUCCAUAGAGAAGCCAUUUGGGUGUGGCUUUGGCUUUAACUCUGCCCUCAUUGUAGACCCACUCUGGGAAGAAGCCCUACACGUGCAGGGAUUGCGGUGGGGUGGGGGUGCUGCAGGCUCAGGCUUCAGCCAGAUGUUGCACCCCCGCAGACAUAAGGGGGACCACGUGGCUGGCUAUCAACUCCUAGCUUCCUUUCCUCAAGAGCAUGAAGCUGGCAGAAAUCACUAGUGAAGGUUCCAUUUUUUUUUUUCCUGAAAUGGAAUGAGGGAAAGAAAGCCCUUGCUUGUUCGUGAAAUCACUGGUUUAUGAUUUACUUUCCUCAGUAAGUUAAUUUUCUGGGCUCCCUAACAAAAUACCCCAGACGGUGUGAUUUAGGCAAAAGAGAGGUACAUUGCCAUGUAUGCGGAGCCUGGGAGCCCUCUCAGACUGGCUUCAGGUGUGGCUCCGGCCUCACCUCUCUUUAGCCGAUGAAUGAACGGCAGGUUGUGUUGUGCUCCCAUGGUCAGUCUCCUUUGAAUAUGCUUUCCUGGUGUCUGUUCCUCCCAGACAGGGCCACACCAGAGGACCUUGUUCAACUUUGGUUGCUUCUUUAAAUGUCCUACAUCAAGGUACAUCCCAUCAGAGGUCAGGCAUCAAUCAGUAUUCACACUGGGGGAGUGUGACUCAGCUGACAGCUAGCUCUCCCUGCAGCACCAGAGUUGGUGUUUGCACAUACAAAAUACAAACCAUAUUCACAGCAUCCCCAGACCUCAAAGCCUUAGCUCACUGAAAAUCUCUAAUAUAAAUAGCUCAGUCAAGUCUGGGUGAGGCUUUAAGUCCAGUUCACCUGCAAACCAUAUUUCUGUCUGCAGUUCUAUGAAAUCCAACAUAGAAUGUGCUUCCAAAUUCCAAUGGCCAGACAGAUACAAGUUAGCUAUUCUUUAUUUUAUUGUUUUUAUUGAGCUAUACAUUUUUCUUAUUCCAAAGGGGAAACGUAAAGACCUGAGGAGCGAUGGUCCCAGUGUCAGCUACAAGCCCAGCAGGGCAAAGUCUAUGGGACCUCGAGUCUCAAGAAUAACAUUUGACUCAGUGUUCUGUCCCCUGGCGCACAGGGAUGACAAGUAAUAUUGUUUCCCUAGGCCUGAGCCAUGGAGUGUGAGCUGUGGACACUGAGGAGACAUGUUUGACCUCACUCCAGACCUGUUCUUUCUGACCUCCGGUCAGAGUAUCAGCCCUGAUUUAUGAAUUCUACUUGAAACCACAUUUGUCCCCAUUUUUCUCUUCUUUUCUUUUCCCUUUCUCUUCCUUUUUCUGUGUAUGUAUUUAUGUACCAGGCUGGCCUUGAACUAACAGAGAUCCACCUGCCUCUACCUCCCCAGUGCUGGGAUUAAGGGUGUGAGACACCACACCAAGCUCUUCCCUUUUCUUCCAGAUGAGCACAAGCUCACAGCUUGGAGCUCCACUAUUGUUUUCUUUAGAAUCUCAGAAGCCCUAAAGUCUGUCUUCAUUUUGCCCCAACCUCUUUCCUUGUCCACAAAGGGUAGAAAGCCCUGGGUGAGGUGGCUAAUUAUCUGUGGUUCACAUUCAACACUAAUCUCUUUAGAAAAUGCUUUUCAGCCAUCUACUGUUCCCUCCAAAACACACUUUCAUGGCUUAAAAAAAAACCCCUAUAUGUAGAAGGGGAAAUUUUUCCAAAAUUUAAAGUUCUAAAUAUGUUUUGCUCAACAAUAUCCUCAGUUUGUCUCUGUCUUCAUGCUUUGCUGGAUGCAGCAAGGGCAAAUAAGUCGAUAGUUUGAUCAUCUGUGUAGAAAUCUCACCUGAGUUUUUUUGUACUUGCAUUACUCAAAAUACCUCCACAUGGGGCCAACAAAAUGGCCCACCAGGUAAAGACAUGUGCCACAGAAGCCCGAGGACCCAGUUUGAUCCCUGGAAUCCUCAUAGAAGGAGAGAACCAACUCCACAAAAUGACCUCUGACCUCCACUCGUUCUGUGGCAAUGUGCACCCUCAGUAAUAGUGAUAAUAAACAGUCCGUUCUACAGAACAGUAGGAUUCACUUCCGCCAAGUUCCUUGCCACUGUAUAGCAAGGAUACUAGUUUUUAAUUCUCAAAAAAUUAAUUUAAUUAGCUGUGCCUCAUUCCUGAGACCUCAUCAGGAUCACCUUACACCUGCACCUCAAACGGGCCUGGCCGCCACAUGCUACAUAGUUCCAAGAUGCUAACACAUUUUUUGGUUUUUAUGACAACACCCCACUCUUGGGUCUAAAGUCUGUAUUAGCUAAGGUUACCAUAGUACUCCCUUGUUCCUUCUCUUCCCUUUCCUCCUUCUUCCCCCAAACCCCAAACCCCAAACCUUCCUACCCUUAUUCUUUUGAAACAGCGUCUCACGUAGCCCAGGAAGGCCUUGAACUCACUACGUAGCCAAGACUGGCCUUGAACCUGAUCCUUUUACCUGUACUCCCCAAGGCUGGGUUAAAGUACGGGCCACUAUGCUCAGCCUUCCCUGUCUUAUAAGGACACUUCAUAUUGGAUUAGGGUGACACCUUAAACAUUUGGGGACCUCUUUAAAUGGCCUUUCUGCAAACACAGCUGCAUCUCCAGAGCUUUAGUACACAGAUUGGGCUUGCAGCAGGACACAGUUCAAUAUAACAGUAUCCCCUCUACUUCUGUAAAAGCUAACUAGCCAUCAACUCCUGCCAUAAGAGGUGUUCUUUUAAAAAAUUUUUUAUUCAUUUUACAUACCAACCACACAGUUCCCCUUCUCACCCUUCCUCCCACUCCCCCCCCCCCACCUCCUAUCCACUUCUCUGAAAUGCUAAGGCCUCCCAUGGGUAGUCAACAAAGCAGGUCAUAUCAUAUUAAGGCAGGACCAAGCUCCUCCCCUGCGUCAAGGCUGAAUGGCCUCCAAAAAGCCGGCUCAUGCACCAGGGAUAGAUCCUGGCCCCACUGCUAGGGGCCCCUCAAACAGACCAAGCUACACAGCUCUCAUCCACAUGCGGAGGCCCUAGUCUGGUCCCAUGCGGGCUCCCCAGCUGUCAGGCUAGAGAUCAUGAGUUCCCUUGAACUUGGGUGAGCUGUCUCUGGGUUUCCCCUCAUGGCCUUGACCCCGCCCCCUUGCUCACAUAAUCCCUCCUCCUCUUUGACUGGAUUCCUGAUGCUUGGAUGUGGAUUCCCCAUCUGCUUCAUCAGUUACUAGAUGAAGGUGCUAUGAUGACAGGGUAUUCACGGACCUGAUUACAGGGGAAGGCUAGUUCCGGCCCUCUCCACUCCUGCACCAAGUCCUAGCUAGGGUCAUCCUUGUGGAUUCCUGGGAAUUUCCCGAGCACCAGGUUUUUCCUUAACCCUGUAAUGGCUCCCUCUAUCAAGAUACCUCUUUCAUUGCUCUCCCACUUGGUCCUUCCCCCAACUCAUGUUUUCACCCCCCAACCCUUCCUCUUACUCCCACCCCACCACCCCCAGUUUACCCAGGAGAUCUCAUCUAUUUCCCCUUUCCAAGGUGAACCAUGCGUCCCAUGAGAGGUGUUUUUGAUCACUCGUUUUUCUUCACAGUGGUGAAGACAACAGAAACCACGAGUAAAUGAUCAGCUUUCCUGAUGGGGAGGGAGGAGAGAGGAGGGAGGAGCCCAUGAGGUAGCUGGCUGCUUUUUACACCGCAGUCCUCUGUGCUUUAUAACCUUUUCUUUAAAUAAACUGGUUCUCUCCUAUGCCGAGCAGCAGGUGUCGGCCGUGUUGUGAUCUACCGCGGAGGAUUCUGGGGCAUUGACUCUCUUGGGAGCAACGGAGAUUUUCGCUGCACAAUUAUUCUGGAUUCUGUCUGUUAGUGAGUAGUAUUGUUGUCUCAAGCCUCACUGUUGAGAAGGUUCUCCAGUGUCCGUGAGGAGAGGGUUUCUCACCACACGCGCAGCCCCCCAUACACAGACUGAAGGGCAUUUGUGUUUAUUCUGUCUCUGCAUCUCAAAGGCCCAUCUUGUUGGGCUGUGCCCACGUGUCUGUGAUCAAGCCCAGGGUGUCAGUCACGCCCGUCAGUCACAAACUUCCUUAGUCCUCCAGCCAGGAGUUAUGGAGUUGAGGCUGCCCACCUUCUUCAGUCUAUUUUCUCUAAAUUUCAGAGCCCAAAUACCUGUAAUCCUGACACUACUCUAGGAUUGGCCCCAGCCGGGCCCCUGUGAUGUUGUAUAUUUGCCAUAGGGUCAGUCUCCCUGGGCCUUCGAUCCUUUACUGGCUCUGGUGAGGUUACCCCAGAAACAAAAAGGAUUUCAGUUUGGGGGAUCACAGUCUUGGGAGGAUGGGUGAAGGACUGGUCAGUGGGUAUUACUGGCCCCACCAUGCACCUGGAGAUGUCCACACUUCAGUGAUAUCCUGGUUAGCCUGAGCAGGGAUGGCUAGGAAUACCUGGGGACCAGGUCACCCUAACACAUUUACCCCAAAGCCCCUUUUCCUCAGUUUCUCCAGUGACCUGAUCUGAAAGCGAUGUGUAUGUACAUGUAUGUGUUGUGAUGUGGAGUCAUCUCACGUGAAAAGUUACAAAAAUUUCAUUUGAGAAAUGGACACUAGCAUAUGUAUCAACCAUUUACCUCGGUAGUUCUCUUUAAAACAUUUAUAAAUUCAUAGAAUGUGUUUUGACCAAACCUACCCCCAUUCCUUUCCCCCUAGCUCCUCCCAUAUUCAGCAAGCUUUUCUUUCCCAACUUUACGUGCCUUCUGUCUUUCUAAAAGAAAGUUUAAUAACCACCAUCCUAGUUAGUUUUGUAUUGCUAUGAUAAAACAUCACGACCAAAGGGAACUUAAGGAAGAGAGUUUAUUUUGAGUUAUGGCUCCAAAGGGAUUAUGAGCAUUGACACCACUCUUGUUUAAUAUAGUGUGUGAAAUUAGAGUUGGAGCAGGAGAGAGAAAUACAAUGUGUGCAAACAGGAAAGGGAAAAGUCAAAUUAUUCUUGUUUGUAGAUGCUAUGAUUCUAUUCUUCUACCAGAAGUGUCUGAGAUCUAAUAAACACUUGCAACAAAAUAGCAGGAUACAAAGUCAAUACAGAAGAAAUCAGUAGCUUCUUAUACACAAACAACAAACUCAUUGGAAGAGAAGUCAGGAAAACAAUCGUAUUUGCAAUAGCUUUAUCAAAGGAAAUGCCAAAGAGUAAAACAGAAUAAUAACGAUUUUUACAAUGGAAACUAUAAAGCACCGAAUAAAGAAAUCAGGAAACUAGAAGAAAGCAAAAACCAAAACAAAAUCAAAAACAAAAUGAGAACCCUCCCAUAUUCUUAGUUUAGCAGAAAGAUAUUAUUAAAAUGGUCAUAAUGCCAAAAUGAUAGCAGAUUUGAAGCAGUUCCCACCAAAAUCCAAAGGACAUCCAAAGAAAUAGAAAAAUCCUAAAAUUUAUAUGGAAACACAAGAGACUGAAUAUCCAAAGCAAGGCGGAGCACAGAGAUCAAUGCUGCCAGUGUCGUAACACCUGACUUGGGACUGUACUGCAAAGUCCUCUGAACAGAAACGGCACGCACUGGGUCCAAAGGCAUGAAGGCCAAUCAGGGAGAACGGGAGAUUCAGGUAUAAGCCUCAGCAUCUUCAGCUGUCUGGUUACUGACAGAAAGGCGCAAAGGAUACACUGGGAAACAAGACAACCUUUUAAACAAGCUAUGCUGCAGAAACUGGAGACCUCUUGAGGUUUCUCCUGUGGAAACGCCAACCCAGAGUGAUCAAAGACUUUGAUGUAAGAUUCGAAAUGGAAACUUACUGGGGGAAAUACUUAACAAACCAACAAACUCCUCUGCAGCGAUUAGUUUGCUGCUGUCAUCCUGGACUCGUGUUCAGUAUUCCUCCCAAAUUACAAACACAAGUGGAAAGAACUGAAACCAAAAUUAUAUAAUGGGCAACUGCUCCAUCACCAAAGUGUGUAAAAUGACAAGGGCGCGAUUUUAGAACACUGGUUCUCUAAAAGUGCCCCUAAAGCACUAAGCCGAUUAACAGAACUCUAACGAAUGAGUCGGGGGGUUUUAAAGGAAAACACAAAUAAAUUGGACAAUGGUACCAAGAUGCAAUGCUUUUUUUCUCCCGGCAUCUGACUUAUAAAGGACAAAUCACACUAUUUGAAAAUACACCCCAAUUUUAAUUUUAAAUGUGGCAUAAUUUAAUAAAAGCUGGCUAAACUAAUUAAAAAUACUUUUAAAUUGUCGAGUUCCCUGACAAUCCAUAUUUAGAUAAAUGGACCAGGGUAUCAUAGCCUGCUUUCUCAUGGCCCUUGCUGGACUUAUGUCGACAAAGAGUUUCAUAUGGCCACCUCGGACUUUCAGCUCCUGCUUUUGGGGGUACAUUCUCAGGCCUUUAAUAGGGGAACUUCAGAAUGUAACUGCUGCUGCAUCGUAAUGGCAGUUAAAGAACACAGAUCCUCAGUAGAACACACUUUUCUAUUAGUCCUCCAGGGACUGUGGGAUGGCUAAAGAAGUUCCAUUUUAUGCUAGACAUGCAUGUUGAUACCCUCUGGACAUUUGUCACAGUCUCCAGUCCCUGGAAGAUAAGUUCCCAAUAACCCUUAGUCGGUGGCACCUCUCUACCAAAUGUACAGCCCUGACUGUCUACUUGUUAUGCUAUGACUAACUGCCUUUUGAUUUCUGUAACCUGUUUACACAGGCAUUCAAUGACUAUUUUGAGGUUGCCUUGACUACCUAAUCUUGGCAGAGCAGAGCAGCUCUUGGCUUGCUUGUGCAGAUACACAAGGUCUUCUUGUGGUUUUGCCUUAAAAAAUUCUUCCCUUAUCCCACUGUGCUUGGAAAUCUCUAAUUUGACUUAGAGAUUGUU